AGCCGCUGCCAUCUUGGCUCAAGCUGUUGUGGGUUCGGAUCGAGCUGGCAGCAACCUGCCGCGCAGAUGACCUGCGCAUAGGUGCCGUCUGGGGCGCAGGCCGCACCCGCAGGUUUGCCCACGUCUCCAGGAUCGUGGCAGGUGCGGCUUAGAGCCAAGUUGCGCCUGCAGUCAUGGUGCUCGGAUGGCUCGGGACCCUGGCCGCGGACACCAUCUCGCACGUCGCCGGAGAGUCUCCCGUGGUCUUUGCCGAGAAGGAGUUUGACCGCUUCAUGAAAAGCUACGAAUUCGCUAUUGAGGCUCAGAAGCUUAAGCGGGAGGACGUUCGUGAUCUGGUGGAGCUCAUCGUCAGUCGCAUGGACAUGUACCACCUUGUGGGGGCUCUGCUGUUGGAGUUCUGCAUCGCGUUCUACGGCGAAUUCAAGCUCCUCGAGGAGGAGUACAUGGAGGAGCCUUGCUUCAUCCUCGAGAUCUUCCUCCUGAGCAACAUUUGCGCCAUCGGCUACCUCCUCUUUGCGGUCUGGCUCUCUCUCCACGCCUCGGUCGCCGCCCACGCCAUCGGUGUGGAGUUCUUGCUCGACUCCAGCCGGCUGACAAUCCCCAGCCCAGAAAACUUGAAGUCGAUGCGGCAGUCAACAUCACUUUUCCGCAACAUCUACCACAUGUUCACAGACGCGGCUCAGCCGGGCGGCGCCCAGCGGGUGGGGCAGAGGUAUCGCGCUGGGUCCGUCUCCGCCUCCGCGGCGACGCUGCCCGGCCUCCCCGAGGAGUCUGCGGCGUUGGACAUCAUCAGGCCGCACACGGAGACGUCGCACAUCCAGGGCCAGGGUCUGGCGCUGAAGGCUGGGCCUGGAAAACUGCCCCUCGCUCUUGACAACGCCCUGGACACCAUGGAGCACCGGCACAACUUUGCCCAGAGCCACCGCUGCUGGCUUCGCUUCGACGCCUACUCGCGCGUCUGCAUGGCUCUCGGCAUCAACCAGAUGUUGCAGGCCCUGUCCUAUUUCAUCGUCGGGCCGGUGCAGCGCAAGAGGCCCAGUGCGGCCCUGAUCAGCCUGUGCGCGGUGCAGGCCAUUGCGCUCCUCCUGCUGAAGCUCGACCUUCGCAACACCGAGGCCGAUCCGAACCGCAACCCUCAGGCCGAUCCCGAUGACACCGACGACAGCGAUGAUAGCAACGCCAGUAAGAGCUUCUUGAAUGUGGGCAGCAAGGACGUGAGCGUUGCCAGCUACCGGGACCUCCUCCUGACCCUUUCGACCUUCACGCUGGCUCCUCUGUGGACCACUCUGGCGCUGUGGGCCAACCGCUUCACGAUGCACGUGACGCUGCUCAGCGUGAGCGUGACGCCGUGCUUCUUCCUGCACGCCAUGUGGCUCUUCCUCGUGCUGAAGACUAUCACACCCAAUCAGGGGGACCUGCUACCGCAGAGGCUCCGCACCGUGGGAUAUCUGGACAUUUUCACCAAGGACAUACAGGACGAUCGGCUGAACACGGCGGCCGCCGCGGCGAGUGCGGGCGGAGGCCGCAGGCGGGGCGGCUCGGGGUCGGACGAGGACAGCCCCGAGAGCAUGCGGCCCCUCCGGACGUAUUCCACCUGGCAGCCCGGCGGAGCGAAGCACACCUCGCACUCCGCAGAGAAGGUGCCGUGGCAGGUGGUGAAUCGCUUCACACUCACGGUGAUAUGGAUGUGGCUGGUGGGUGGCAUUGUCCAUUUCGUGCACACCCUCUGGCCGAACCUGGAAGAGUACGAGGAGGACAUAGAGGAGGAGCAUAAGGAAAUGGAGCUGGAAAUGGAAGGGCACGCUCGGCGACUCACAGCUGCUUGGCUGGAGCCCGCCAGCUUUUUCGAAGUGACAGCCCUGCACUGCAACAGCUCGCACGUCAGCUUCAGCAGCCCGUGGGCUCUUCACUCAGCGCAGCGUCUUGCGGACGAUGUUGAACUUGGACCUCUUGUCGAAUCUCACGGACUUGCUGCCCACUCUGUAAUGUGCAGGGAGAGUGGCAGCUGCGACGCUCUGGUGGCUUAUCCGGGUGGUCUGAAUUUUGAGGGUUCGUCUUCUUGGCAGCUGGAGUCUAUGGGUUAUUCGUACUCCGAUGGCGAUUUCAACCAACCCAUUGAGGUACCGCAGGCGUGGCGCAUGGCCACCGGCGCCUGGCUUCCAUGCGGUGACCCACGGUGCGAUGCCGCGCUGCUGGCAGGCUGGGACGGCACGAGGAUCGUCGUCGCGGACUUGCGGCGGGGCUCAUCUGGCGGCGCCUGGACUAUCGAGCCUCGCUUCGCGGUGCGCCCUGGCUCGGGCGAGCUCUCUUGCCGUGCUUCGGGUGGCGCGGAGCUCGCUGGUGCCGACGGCGCCGCGUGCAACGAGAGCGAGCCCGGCGACUACGGCGAUGUGCAGGCGAUGCAGCUCAGCGUGCAGGGGGCCUGCCAGACGCUCACGGUGCUGCGCAAGGGCAUGCUGGACGGCUGGGACCUGCACGGCGGAAGGAAGAUCGGCUCCUGGCGCGUGAACAGCACUCUGCAGACCACGAUGUGCCACGAUGGACGUCAUCUGCUUCUGGCCCAUCCCGGGGACGAGGCCGGGCCCGUGGUCGAGGCCAUCCCUCUGCCUGCGGCCCUGGCGAACUGCCCAGCCUCGCGGCGGGUCGAUGAGGCCGAAAAUGGAGUGGAGCUGACCAACGAGUCAGUUGCAAAGCUGGGCCGACCAGAGCGCUUCCUGAAUGUGUAGGAAAUCUCGCAGGCCUCCAAGAAUCCUCCUGUAUGUGCAGAGUCAGAUGGCUCGCCGAGCACUGGACUGAACGGGCAGACUUCCAGCUCGGGCACGUAGAGACAGUUUACUCCUGUAGUCUUUGUUGCUUCCAGUUUACUCCCUCGUCUAUGCCAUAGCACGCGUUCCAAUUAGUAAGGACGAGUCGGAGUAGGUAUUAGAUUAGGCCGGACUGGGGCGACUGGCAGUGUUGACACAAACAUUGCGUACGUUUCCUCAUACUAUUUUGGGUUUGCACCGGUCGAGAUUUUCAGGCUGCGCUGCUAGGCUUGACGCCAGCGUGCAUCGCGGACAU